UUGAGAAACACUGAGUUAGAGAAACCUGUUUCUUCUUCCCUCCUUUUUAUAUUCUCUGUGUGUUCUAUAUUUAUGUGUGUUUCUGUAUGGUUAUCUUUCACCCGGUAAUUGAAAAGCAGCCCCAUGGCUGGAAGAUGGGGUGGGGGGAGCAAAACGGCUUUUCAAGCACCCAUCAGUUGCUCCCUCCCAGCCUUUUCCAUGGAACAGAACCGUGGGGACUGAGGGUUUCAUCUUCUUUUCUGCCUCCCUGCACCAGGUCUUCCCCAGCAUUUUCUGCUUCCCGGCUGGAGGGUUCUUGCAGAGACCAUUUUCAUUAACAGUUAUUAACUCAUUCACUUACGCCAAGUCCGGGGAGGCUGUCUGCAGCAUUAACGCCAGCAGAUCUUCGGCCUACUGGCACAAAGGCGGCCUACCAAGGGGAAGAGGGAGAAAGGCAGGGCUUAUGCAUUUGUGUUUUCUCACAUCUGCCUUUUCCUGCGCUGCUGAAUCAAAUUUCCUACUAACCUUUUAGGUAAAUAAUCCCGCUGCAACAUGAUUGAGCAAUAAGCUUUUUGUAGGGUUUUUUGGGGGGGGGCACUUCCUUUACCCUAAAACUCAUUUCAGAUUUUUAAAACUAAUGUUGGUAUGUGUACAAUGGGGUAUUUUUCCGUGGUAUGGACAUACGUGUUACUGCAGUGCUAAACAUCUCAUCCUGGAUUUGGGUGGGCCGGGGGAGGAAUAAUACCGUGAGUGUAGGGCUGCAGAGAUUUUUGGACUCAUGCUCAGACAAACAUUCCCUGAAUAACCAUGACCAACUGCUUUCUUUGGGUUCAAAUUCUACUCCACAGGGUUAUUGCAAGGAUAAAAAAGAAAGGAGAUGUUAGGAACAGACUCUGAGCGCCUUGGAGGGAAAGCACGGUCUGAAUUAUUAGUAGAACUGCACAGUGUGUCACGUGCAGGUGGAAAAAGUGUGCUUGGGCGGUGCAGCCAUUCCAUGAAACUUUUCAUGCCAAGGAUCCUGUGUAGAAGCUGUUGUGUGUGUGUGUGUAAAAGUCAAGGCCCGGUUGCUUUGUUUCUGGGGGUGCAAGAGUAGCUUGGAGUUCGGGUGAACGACUGUCCUUGAUGAAAGGUAGGCUGGAGCUGUUCUGCGUAGCCUGCUUGUGUAUGGAUGUGUCGCAGCGGUGUAAAGCUUCUGAGAAAGGAGCCCUCUCUGAAAUGUCUCUGUUCUCUUUCCAUGCCUGCCUGCCUGCCUGCCAGUGAAGCAGCAGCCCAGUAUAACCCAGAGCCUCCGCCACCUCGCAGCCACUUUUCCACCAUUGAAGCCAACGAGAGUGAGGAAGUGCGGCAGUUCCGAAGGCUCUUCACGCAGCUGGCCGGGGAUGACAUGGAAGUAAGUGCCACCGAGCUGAUGAACAUCCUGAACAAAGUGGUGACCAGACAUCCAGACUUGAAGACAGAUGGGUUUGGGAUUGACACCUGUCGUUCCAUGGUGGCUGUGAUGGAUAGCGACACCACUGGCAAGCUGGGGUUUGAGGAGUUUAAAUAUCUCUGGAACAACAUCAAGAAGUGGCAGUGCAUCUACAAGCAAUACGAUGCAGACCGAUCUGGCACCAUCGGAAGCGGAGAACUCCCAGGAGCUUUUGAGGCUGCAGGCUUUCAGCUCAACGAACAGUUGUACAGCAUGAUUGUCCGCAGGUAUUCUGACGAGAAUGGGAACAUGGAUUUUGACAACUUCAUCAGCUGCCUCGUGCGCCUGGAUGCCAUGUUCCGUGCCUUCAAAUCUUUGGACAGAGAUGGCAGCGGGCAAAUCCGUGUGACUCUGAAGGAGUGGCUGCAGCUCACCAUGUACUCCUAAGAGCCCCCAGCCCAUCAGCAAGACCACCCUUUCCGCUACAUCUCCGAGCCUGUUCUGGAAUGAUGCAGAGUUUGGCAUUACCCUUGAUUGGCAGACCUGCCUUCAGCCUGGGAAAGUUUAAGGAGUCCUCUUCUGCAGCUCUGCUUCCUCCCCUGAAGCCAGACAAAGAACCCUCCUGUUUUCACUCUUGUUUUGUGUUGCAAUUUUUAAUCACCCUUGUAAAGCCAACUGCUGAUCGUUUCCAUUAGCUCUUCGCUUGCUAAUGCUGCUGCCUCUUAGGGCACCGAGGGGUGUCGCUCGGAAGAAAUGCUUCUUUCCCUUUCCAAACCGGCUUAGUUUUUAAUGUUGCCAUGCAGAUUUGCUGGGUUUUUUUUUUUUUUUU